AUGGUAAAUAGAAACCAAAACGCCGAUAAUGUCAUACGGCAGAUUCGACAUGAUGAUAUGGCAGCAAAUAAUAAUCUAGCAGCCAUGGUCAAAAGGAUUAUGAUUCGAAAUGGGGUAAACUUUGGCCUUCGAAGGCCAAAUUAUACAUCACCUUUGUUGGAAUAUAUCAUACAGCCAGAAACACCCACUAGAACAAAAAUCCCCAAAUUUACUAAGUUUUCUAGGGAUACUACUAAAUCCACUAUCAAACAUGUGGCUAGAUAUUUAAUAGAGGCAGGAGACAUUUUGAACAACGAAAGCCUUAGGAUAAAAUAUAAUAUCCCAAGCCCUCUCACGAAUAAUGCCUUCACGUGGUUCACCACCUUGCCACAAAGUUUGAUUCAUACUUGGAAUCAGUUGGAGAGAAUGUUCCAUGAGCAGUUUUACAUGGGGCAAACAAAGAUAAAUCUGAAGGAAUUGGCUAGUAUUAAACGAAAGUUCACUAAGCCAAUUGAUGACUAUCUGAAUAGCGAUCUUGUUCAGAAUGAUAUCCAAGAAGGGAGACUCAAGUUUGGAGACAAACCUAGGAGCCAAAUCAAGAUCGAUUCCAAUCCUCUGCAAAUGGCUGAUGCCCGCUAUAUGGAGCCAGAGGGAGUAACCAUGGUCGAAGUCACUGACGAUUUCGACAUGACCGAAGUAAUUGAGGACUUCGUCAACGAACCUAUCAUGGUUAGGGUUUAUGAGCAUCUUGACCAAGAAUUUUUUAAUGACUUCAUUCAGGAAGCUGUGGGAAAUGCCACAAAUGAAAGCACUGAUGUUUUCGACACUGAAUCACUAAAGAUUCCAACCUGA